AUGACGUCGGUGCUGCGAGAGACGGCGGCGCACGCGGCCAAGGCCAAGAAGCCGCUCUCGGACCUCAACCAGAUCCGCCAAGCGAUCAAGGGGCUGCAAAAGGACGCGGCCGAGCAGCUCCAGCUCGAGAUGGAGUCGCAAGCGACCUUUGCGUACUUGAGCUCCCAGCUGCACGCGCUCAAGCAGGCCUUUGAGACGCUCUCGGACGUGCUUCUCGCCGAGGUUGACGGCGUGCGCAAGAACACGAGCAAGCGCCUCGAGCAGCUCGAGAACCAAGUCGACAAGCAAAAGGAGCUCACACUCGCGGCCCAGCGCGAGCUCGAGCAGGCCAAGCGUGCGUGGGACGUCUGGAGCUUGAAAGAGCGGGACUGGGCCAAGGACAACGAGAUUCUAAAGGCGAGCCACAGCCACAACAUUGAGUGGAUGCAAGCGCUUCAGCGCGACGUCAUGGAGACAAAGGACCGCGUGCACGAGCUCCGACACGACCACGCGACGCGAGCCAAGCACAUGGCCGACGAAGCCUCGGACCUGCGGAUUCUGUGGCAAAAGCAGGUCGAGAGUCUCCAGGCGCAGCUCGCGGGCUUUGAAGCCAGCGACUCGACGACCUGGCCAUGA